GCCCCGCCGGUCGGUCCGCCCGCAACGACUACACCCCGGUAUCUCGACGUGCUUAUUAACCUUCUUGCGGUCCGCGAAAUAUUGUCUAAUGCAGGUUAAUAAAAAUAAAUCAGAACACGUUCACGGGGCAACAGAAUAACACGUUGGUUCCGGAUCAGCAGCUGAUUUAACACAUGCGACUGCAGGGUUAAUCCGAGCCUGGCUGCUAGGAGCAGGCUAGCUGCAAAGAAUUAAUCGCCAUGGAUACUUGGCUGGGGUUUUUCAACCUGCUUUCGUGCAACCAACCAAAUCAGAGGUAAAUUCAUUCAGGAUGACCUGAAUAUACCGACGUAAUCACAUAUCCAGGUUUCGUGCAAUACCCCCCGGUCUUUUGCCUCUAUGUUUUUGUUUAUUGUGAAGAACGGGCUCAGACGUCGUCUGAGCAUCACGUACUAUGACUCAUUGGCCAAUCAGACGACACGUUUCAUUUGAGUGACAGAACUUCCUACCAACGCUAGUGUGCCUGCAAAGGAGGCAGUGUCGAGGGGGGGGCGGGGCGAAGCUCUCUAAGCACAGCGGAAGAAAAUGGCGGCCGUGGCUGCAGAGCCAGGAGCUGUAGCGAUUUCAAUAACAAUAGGAACCGAGUCGGCGGACGACGAGAGAUCCUCAGAACCGGGUCCGAUCGCCCUGGGACUCCCCGGAGCCCUGCUAGAGACCGAUGGGUCGCGGGAGUACGACCCGGCCGUGGAGCUGCUCAUACCCCGGGUGGAGGAUGGUGGCGAGGUGGAGGAGCGCCGCCAUGUCAGGCCGGAGCUGCAGUCCGCGGCGGGAAAAGAUAACGUCGUUAACGAUGAAUUGACCGGUAACUUCCCGGUUGACCGGUUCAGUCCCGGAUUACCGCGAGAUGCAGAGGGCGGCGGGGUUUACCGUAGCAUCCUAGGGGACCCGCAGUCCUCUGCCGUCUUUCUGCACUCGUUUCCUGCCAACCCACCGGUCACCGAGGCCGGAUUGUCUCUGGCAGAACCGGCGGAACCGACCACCAAUGUGACCGCGGGUCGGGACCGAGGCUACAGGGCUUUAGUCCAACCGGAGUUGAGGCCAGGCCCCGUGGAGGCCGCCAUGUCGGACGGUGACAGGCUGUCGGUCCUGGAAGGCUUGGACCCGGAGACGGAGUCCGGUAAGAACUCAGGGGGGGGCGAAGAGCUACCGGUCCGCAGCCUUCGGGACUCCUCCCCUUCGUACCGGUCCGCGAAGAGGCGGCUGACAACGGACACCAUAAAGCAGGAGAAACCCACCGCAGAAGAUUAUUCUCGACCGGAACCAGGACCGGAACUCGAUCCGCAUCCUCCAGGACCUGAGCCCAGUGUCGCUGCUGAACCAGAUUUGAAUCCUGGAUCUGAGGUCCGGGUCUCCCUGGAUCACGUCAUUGAUGACGCGCUGGUGGUGUCGUUCCGUUUGGGUCCGAAGGUUUUCUCUGGAGUUCUGAUGGAUGUUUCAAAAAGGUUCGGACCUUAUGGUAUUCCCAUCACAGUCUUCCCCAGACGGGACGACCAGAGCCGACCUCAAAUGUUCGUGCAGUCACCGGCCAUUGCUGACCCGUCCAUCAGUCCAGAUGUGACUAGUAGCCCACUGGCGUCGCCCCCACUACCGCCGUGGACCUCCAAACCACCGCCGCUGUUUCAGGACGGAGCGGCGUACCCGCCCCCUCUGUUCAUCAGGGAUACCUACAACCAGGCCUUACCUCAGCCGCUGCCACGCAAGAUCAAACGGCCAAAGCGCCGCUACCGCUGCGAGGAGCCAACCUCCAUCAUGAAUGCCAUCAAGCUCCGCCCCCGCCAAGUACUCUGUGACAAGUGCAAAGGUGUGGUGGCAUCGGGGGGGCACAGGGAGUCACGGCGGGGCGCCGGGGAUCUGAGGGGCGAGGAUACAUCACGGCGACGCCGACCAGCCGAGGGUCCAUUAUCCACCGAGGUCAAACGGCUGAGAAGUGAUGACAAAGGGGGACGUCCUGCAGACCGGCGGCCGUCACCAGGGCUGCAUGUGUCAUCAUCUUCUCGCCGCGUCCUGAGAGGUGGGGCUUCAUCGUCGCCCUCAUCCUCUCGCCAAGUCCUGAAGGGCGUGGCUUCAUCUUCACCAUCAUCUAGCCGCAUGUGUCUGAACCCUAAGAAGGUUUUGGCUAAAGGUCCGGCGAUCCACUGCUCUGAAGCAAGGCAGGUUCUCAAGAAACUGCCGCCUCGCCGACCCAAAGACCAGAAUCAGAACCAGACCCAGGACCAGGACGACACCAAGGCCGUGACCCGAGCAGCUGCCCUGCAGAACCACAACCAGAAGGUCCACUUCACUCGGCGCCUGCAGCAUCUCAGCGGCUCCUCCGUGGGCUCCAGCGCGCUCGAGGCUCUUCCGCCGAGGAUGCGUCUCAAACCACAAAGGUAUCGUACCGACGACAGCCAGGAGUCCACCUCCUCGCCCCCCCACAAACAGAGCCCUCGCUCAUCGCCUCCCAAACCCAGUUCAUCCCCUGAACUAGAACCACCCCAAGCUCUGCCCCCUCCCUCACCCACAACAUGUUUUCCGACUCCCCCCUCCACCUCCUGCACCUCCAGUUUAGAGAACCAGCAGCAGGGUGAGGAGGGGGGAAACGAUGGGCAGGUAGCAGCUCCUCCCCACUGCUCUUUAGACUCCUCCCACUCAGAGUGCAGCUCCACAGAGACCUUUGAGCUCGCCCCUCCAGGAGAUCCUCACUGCUCUUCCUCUCACCCCCCUACUCCCAAGGCAGGCGGAGCUGAGGAGGUGGAGGAGGAGGAGGAGGAGGAUUAUGAGGAUGGAAGUGAAUUAAAGAGGCGUCGCAAGUCUUCCACCUCCUCCUCCUCCUCGUCCUCCUCGUCCUCGGUCUUCUCUAAGUUGGUGUCCAAGUGCUCGCUCCCUGAUGGCCGCUCUGUGUGCGUCGGCGACAUUGUGUGGGCGAAGAUCUACGGCUUUCCGUGGUGGCCGGCCCGCGUGCUCUGCAUCACGGUGUCUCGGCGAGGAGACACAGGUUUGUCGGUGAGGCAGGAGGCAAGGGUCUCUUGGUUUGGCUCCCCCACCACCUCCUUCCUGCCUCUCACCCAGCUCUCUCCCUUCCUUGAGAGCUUCCAGUCUCGCUUUGACAGGAAGAGGAAGGGUCCUUAUCGACGCGCCAUCGCCGAGGCCGCCAGCGCUGCCAAGCAACUCACUCCUGAAGUCCGGGCGCUUCUCACUCAGUUUGAGACGUAGCAUCAGUCUGUCCCUCCCUCUCCACAUGUCCCAGCCCCCUGAAGAUGGGCCCUGUACUUAAACACGUGCCCCCACCUAAACACAAAGUGGUUGUGGCUUGUCCUCCUGAGACUGUCCGGCAGAGACUGAAGUAAACAACAGACUAUAUUUGCUUUCACCACUGGGUGGGGCCUCUCUGUGUAGUCGUCCCCCCCCCCCCCCCCCCCCACCCCCACCCCCUGUCUUCACAGAGAUUCUCAACUUCAGACAGGUGCCAUUACUUCCACUUGCCUCUUCACGGCACCACUCCCAAUCGUUGAUGAUGUCAUAGUGAUGUCAUCAGAACACAGGCUCUGGUGCAUUGUGGUUACUGUCGGAUCUGGAUCCUCAGGUUGUCUUUGUCUGUAGAUUCUGAAGAUGCAGCUCUUUGAUUGGCUGACAACCAAUGAUAAAGUUAACACUAAAUGGCAGUGCGGUGAUUCUUUGGGUUCUGCUGACCUUUGUCAGACUGAAACCUUCAGUUUACAAAGACAAAAACUGUGAAACAAAACGUGUUGUUUAAAUUGAGGCCAGGGGUCUUCGACGGGGUCCAGAGCUGAGGCACAGCAGUGCUAGAUCUUUGUUCGGAUUCAGAAGCCCCAUGAGAGCUGGUCAAUCACAUGGUGUCAGAAUAUGGAUCUCAGAUUGGUCUCUGAUUCUGAAUCUCAGGUCUCUUUAAACCUGUAUCUGAUCUCUUAAUAAUCCUGGUACUGUGAUCUGUUUGAGACCCUGUUGCCUCAGGUCCUCAACAUGAGACAGACAGACAGGUAGGAGACACUGACUGUUAGACUGGACGGCUGCGCUGAUGAUGAUAAUGUGAUGAAGGUGCAUUUUCCCUCUCUGAUACUCGGGUUGGUGGGAUAGAUCGUCAGACUCUUUUUACCGUCUGUUUGCAGAUCAGAGAUCCUGAGCUAGAAACUUUUGGGACAAAAUUACCGAAAAAAUUAUAGCAAAUUCAUCGAGUCGACUUGUGUAUGUUUUUUUCUGAUGUUUUAAAUCUAUUAAAAAAACUGUCAAACUUC